GUGUGUUGACUUUAAUUCUAAUUAAAGCACGUAAAAUAAUGAAAAAGUCAACAGGGAAUGCCAUAGAAUUGAUGAGGAUAGGGCUCUACGUUUUCUUCCCAGUGGCUAUAUUUUAUUGGUUCAAUCAUCCUGAUUUCUUUGAGAAAUAUGUCGCAGAUGAGAGAAAAAGGCUCUUUCCUGAUGGCGAUCGUCCCCCUACAACACUUGAAGGAAAUAAGAAGUUGAGGCUCCAAUUAAAGGAAGAGAGAUUAAGCCGCCAGUCAAAAAUUAGUAACAAGUAACAUAUAGUCCGUGAUUUACAGUAUUUUACUUUACACUAUUAGUAAAUAAAAUUAAAUCAUAAUGUAUCGUUUUUUCCUAACUUUAAAAUAUGUACACGUGAA